AGAAGUGGGUGAUGACUGGUCUUCGUGAUGCUUGGAGGCGACACAAGCAAAAAAUUAAAAAGAAUUUUUUUGAUAAAAACAGUACCCUUGAGGAUAUGCUAGCAAAAUGUCCUGAUGGCAUUCCACAUAAUCAAUUCCGCCAGUUGAUCGAGUAUUGGAAACACCCAACUGUUCAAGCUAUAUGCGAGAUGAAUUCUCAAAACAGGAAAAAACAAAAGUGGAGGCAUCGAAUGGGACCUAUUAAUUUUGGUAGAGUACGCGUGGCAUUGCGUGCAGCCAAAGACAACAACGAAGAACCAUCAAAGCCUGAAAUAUUUAUUGCAUCUCGUACCAAGAAGGGAAAGGAAAUCCAGGCUGAUACCCAAGUUGCAAUAGCUGAACUUCAAAAUCGCCAAAAUUCUGGGGAAACAGCUGAUGAUGCAUUUAGGGCAGUGUUUGGAAAGGAGCAGCCUGGUCGAGUUAGGUGCUAUUGUAGAUCAGUGACAACAAGUUCUUUGAAGAAAGAUGAGGAAAUUAACAAUCUAAAACAAAAGCAUGCCGAUGAAAUCACUUCUCUAAAGGAAGAAUUGAGAGAAGAAAUGCGACAUUUAUUCACUCAAUUGCUGCAAAACAACCCUGGAUUGAAUUUUCAAGAUACACCAGGGUGUGUUGGAUCUAACCUUGCUUCACCUAUUGAUGCAAGUAGUGCACAAGUUGUAAGAGGCACAAAUCAUCCAUAUUCUUCGGGAUCAUCUCAAGAUUCGGUUCUUCAAAAGAUUGGACACAAGGUUAGAGAUUGCCCUAAUAUAAGGAGUCAAGAGAAGGGAACUGGCCAAGUUCAAGCUAGUGCUACUAGUUCUGAAGCUAAAAAAAGGAACCACUUUUAUGCUCUUCGCUCUAGCAGUGAGCAAGAGGAGUCUCGCGACAUGGUCACCGGCAUGAUACAUGCAUUCUCUAUUGUUGUUUAUGUUUUACUUUAUCCCGGUGAUAUCUUGUAA